UCCCGGCGCGCCUCGCCUCGCCGCAGCGACAUCCGCCGCCGGCGGGAAGGGGCCGGCGCCUGGGCCGGUGUUGGCGCCGCGCUCCCCGCCGUCUCUCUGCCAGGGGCCGCGGGCCCCGCCGCCGGCUGCAGGAUGCCGUUGGGGUUGAAGCCCACCUGCAGCGUGUGCCGCAGCACCUCCUCCUCCAUGUGGAAGAAGGGCGGCCAGGGCGAGAUCCUGUGUAACAACUGCACGGCCCGCUCCGCGCCGCCCGGGCCCGCCGCUUUCGCCACCACCUCGGCCGCCGCCCAGCACAGCAACGGCGGAGGCGGCGGCGGCGGGAAGCAGAGUAAGCAGGAGAUCCACCGGCGGUCUGCGCGGCUGAGGAACACCAAGUACAAGUCGGCGCCCGCCGCGGAGAAGAAGGUUUCCACGAAGGGCAAAGGGAGGAGGCACAUCUUUAAGUUAAAAAACCCCAUCAAGGCUCCUGAGUCUGUAUCCACUAUAAUUACAGCAGAAUCAAUCUUUUAUAAGGGUGUGUACUAUCAAAUUGGAGAUGUUGUUUCAGUGGUCGAUGAGCAGGAUGGAAAAACAUACUACGCUCAGAUCCGUGGGUUUAUUCAGGACCAAUACUGUGAAAAGAGUGCUGCACUAACCUGGCUCAUUCCUACGCAAGCCAGCCCCAAAGACUGUUUUGACCCGGCAUCCUAUAUCAUAGGACCAGAAGAGGAUCUCCCAAGGAAAAUGGAAUAUUUAGAAUUUGUUUGUCAUGCACCUUCAGAAUAUUUCAAAUCUCGAUCAUCUCCCUUCCCUACUGUUCCUACGAGACCAGAGAAGGGCUAUAUAUGGACUCAUGUGGGACCUACUCCUGCAAUCUCUAUUAAAGAAACUGUUACCAAUAAUUUAUAGUUUUUUAAAGGAAUACUUCAAACGAGUUAUUUUGGGUGUAUUCUCAGGUCUGUGAACCCUAUACAAAAAACUUAAAAAAAUUAUAAAAUGUUCAUUUUACUUUAUGGAUUAUGGUACUUAUUUAUUUUAAAUUAUAUCAAAUCUUUUAAAGUGGAAGUUUUCUUUCCAUUUGAUGCGUUGUUUCUGUGCUCUGUUCUUCAGACAUUAUUGCUCAUUUUGGGACAAAACCACAAGUUUCAUGUCAUCGUCGACUUUGUAAACUUCUUACAAACCAGUCAGCUCCAAACACUAGGAGAUGUGCUUGUAUGGCCUGAAUUCCCUGGGGUUAGUGUUUCCUGCUGCCUAUGAAGGGUAAGAGCUGUAAGUGGCCUUAAAUUUACAUUUACAGAUCUUGUCAGCAUUUUUUUUUUAUUGACAUAUGUGACCAUAGCACCCAGAAGCCCCAAAUCAGCUUUAGUAUGUUGUAUUAAAGUCUAUAAAGGUUGCACUAGGCUUAUGUUUUAAAUUCAUGAAAAGCUUUGGUUUAAGAUUAAAUACAUUUUGAAAGUCUCAGGUAUUGACAACUUCUAAUACAGCAGGACCUGUGACAGCAGGAACCUGGCAUCUUUGUUUCAGUCUGCAGCCUCAGUUCUGCCCUCUUCAAAUACAAGGAAGACUAGUCAACCUUAAGGGAGUAGUGGCUGAAUUUAAGGGAUACUGUCAAUAGUUCAAAAUGCUCAGAAAUUAGCAGUAUACUGCUAAUUGAGAGUUAAGUAACUUCAGUUGCUACAUACAUGAGCUGUGUGCCCAUGUUCAGUGUGUUGCAAUAGUUAAUCCCAAGGUGACCUCAGUCCUGACAUCCCUCUCCUUUCUCUCACUUCCUCUAGAUUUCUUUUUUUGCUGAUUUAUCUUUAUUAAGUUAACAACCAUAAGAAAGUAAAAAUAAUGACUCUUAAAAGAUAUUUACAGUAACCAGAGUGACUCCCUCCACUCAAAUGUUUUCCCUCCUUUUUCUGCCAUACACAAGAUUUUCACUUGGGAUCACUGUAAAGUCCCUGUGCUUCCUCUGCAUAAUCUGUGAGGCUUUGCUCUUUUGUGGGCUGACUUUCAAGAUCAGCUGCUUUCCUUGUCAAAUCCUUGUAGGAAGAGGGAAGAAAACAAUCCUUGCAUUUAGUUUUGCUUUUUUGAGUUUCUACAAUUUAUGCCAAAUGAAAAGUACUUGCUUGCCAUUUGCCUUAUUUGUCAAUAAAUUGUAAUAUAAAAGGGGCAGUUUAGAGAAGUAUCAAUGUGUGGUUUAUGAUUUGAAGUUUGUUUCACAGAAUGACCUGCUGAUACACAGGGCUCAGCACGCUCCCAUGUCAAACAGCAGGUCAUACUGAGAGAGGGUACUGCAGGCUUGCAUUAAACACGUAAUUUUGAAAGCUUAAGCAAAAGAAAAGAGUUUGGAGCAAGAUAAUGUCUUGCUCUUAUGAAAAAUAGUAUGCUGUAUAAAUGUUCUACUUACAGUAGCAAAGAACAGAGCUCCAGGUAGAGGAUAUGUAACCUGGAACUUCUGUAGGAAACAGCAAAGACCUGUGAGCAUUGCCACCGUGAAGUGAAAGCCAGAAUCAAAUAGAAAUGUCAUCCCUCACUGCAUUUGAACCACCAGCAGCACUAAAUUUAAGAAAGAUGUAUUCUGAUUAGAUUAAAAAAAACCCAAGAACCGCAAAAAGAACUGCACAAUAAAAACAAAACUAUCGAAUGAUGUAGUAGGUAAUCUAAAACAAAUGUAAAUCCACUUCAGUUCUGUUGCUUACCUAACUGUGAUAGACAAUUAUUUGCUCUGGGAAGAUGCACGACACAUCAGUUUUUCUUAUGAGACAACCCGCAGGAACUUCAAAUACCUUUUUAGCUGUCUGGGCUUGCCAUUCAUUAGGGAAUGAAAUAGGAAAAAAUCACACACAAAAAAAAAUCUACUUGUCAGCUGAUUAAACACAAAACUUGUCUUCUAAAAAUUUUUGCCAAGUCCCUAAUACAGAAAAGGAGCUCUGCAUUUAAACAUUUGUAUUUUAUUUGCAGCAGUGUGAUACAAAGCUACUGAUACUGCCCCUGACAGAUAGCGGGAUUACAGGAACUGUACAGUACAGGCUAACUCAUGUCAGUAUAUCUAAGAAGUGCUCAGCCAGUAAACCAUUUGCAUAUGAAUUUAUAAGGAUACAGACAAUUGCCCUGAUAACCAGCAGAAUGCUUGAGGUGUUUGACAUGUUAUGCUUGUCAGGGUUUCCUGAGGACACCAAGCACAGUGAGACUGUCUUUAGCUGCAGUUGGCCAAUACAUUUGGAACCCCCCCAAAAUUCCAUGUUGUUAGGGAUGGUGAUUAAUAAACUAACAUCAGCGACGUGCACAAAGAUAAAUCCUGAAAUUACUGCAGCUGACUUAAGCUUUUGCUCCUUUUCCUGGUCUGUUAAUAAGCGGAAGAAUUCCAUAAAAAAUACUUAGUUGAUUCCUAAUUCUGUUUUUGUUAACUUCUUAAACUGACUUCCAGUUUGAUACUGCUGCUGCAUUCCUACUGAUACUCAUGAAUGUUUCCAAGAGAGGCUCCAAGAAAGGAACAGAUAAAUGGUAUUUGAACAAUUGCGCUGUGCUGUUUUCUCCUGUCCAGAACAUCAACCAGUAACAUGGGAAGAAUGAAUGACUCUCCAGAGCUGCUUAUGGACAUAGCUGAAAGAACGGGACCUCCGAGAGCAAUGUCUCUCUCUGAAAAUUUCUCAUAUUAGGAAAAUGAGGGGCAAAAGGAAGACCCGCAAAAUAGACUCAACAGCACAAGGAACAUUGCAGGAUCCCAUGGGGACAAGUUUUGAUGUUCUGCAGCUGAAGGAGCUGAGCUCACCCAUUAUUCUCUCUUCUCUUGUUCGGUAUCCCCCAUGCCAAAACUUAGGUAGGUUUAAUUCUUGCAUCAUUGGACUGUGAGUGGUACGCUACUACUGAAUUUGUGGCCUUGUGUUAAGCUUUAGAGCUUUGCGACCAGCCAGCAAACUGGCUUUUCGUUAAGCAAUUUUAGUUCUAAAGAUGGAACGUGUAGCUAAGAGCUAAAAUACACAGAGCAUAUAUGCUAUACUGAGUAAUGCAUAGAACAUGCAGAGUGUGCCCUGAUGACUACAUUGCAGUUCCAUCUGCCUCCAGGAAGAAAAUAUCCUUUUUGUAGUCAUAGGAAAACUGUAUUAUCCAAGAACAUUUGCCUUGCAGAACGGGAAAAACUUUCUGUGACAGAAAUAAUGCAGACAUAGGUUUUUUUAAAACUGCUUUUUGCUGAGGAGAAUUUUCGCUCCUGUAUCUAUAUAGGAGAAAUAAAAGAGCUUGCAAUGGAAAAGUGAAAAAUCACGGACUUAAGCAAUGUACUUACCUCUGUUAAGGUGUAAGAGGCACUCAUUGAAGUAAUUUGGUUGGUGAUUGUACACAGGAUAAUAGUAGCAAUACUGAUCCCAGUAUAAAAAAAAAAGGAAAAAAGGAAAAAAAACAUUUUUGGUGACUGAUAGCUCAACUAAAUAUAGGAAAUAACAAGUAACAGCUUUAACUGCUGAAAGCAAAGCAUUCAGAUUUCAUAUGUGUAAAGAUCAUCCACUAAAUAUUCAAUUAUUUAUUCAAUAUAUUUUUAUAUUAUUGAAAUGGAGUCUUAGUUACACAAAGCCAUACUCCUUGAAAUGGAAAAAUGACUCAUUUAAGAUAUAUGUUUGUAAGUCAUGUAAGUAAUUUUUUCUCAGGCAGUUGUCAUAUGUUUGUAGGCACAUCAAAAACAUACUUUGGGUGUAUAUUAGAUGUUUUUUUUAUCUCUAA